AUGGGCGGCAAGAACAAGAAGCACAAGGGCGGCAGCGGCGCGGCAGGAGCGGGCGCUGUGCAUCCCGCUGCGGUAGCAGCAGCCCGGGCUAAAGUGGUGGGCGCCGCCGCGGCUGAAUCGGGAGCCGCCGGAGAAGCUGCCUGCAAAAGAUCUCUGGUGCCCCGACCGAGCCCUGCCGGGAAGGACCUGCGUGUCAAGCAAGGUCCAAAAACAUAUAGCUUUGGUUCUGCAGUUGACUCCAGUGCAAGUACAGAUGAGUCUAUUCUUAAGGUUAUAAUUAAUAGUAAUUUGGAAAAAAGAAUUAUUGCCAUAAUCAAUGAGCAUAAGAAACAAACUGGUGAAAAAGGAAUGAUUUCUAGAAGACUAACUGCUAAAAAAUUACAGGAUGUAUACUUGGCUUUGCAAGGAUUUUCUUUCAAGACUGAAGAUAUUGAAGAAGCUAUGAAUAAUACUAUCUUGUAUGGUGGCGAUCUACAUUCUGCACUUGACUGGCUGUGUUUAAACCUAUCUGAUGAUGCAUUGCCUGAAGGUUUCAGUCAGCAAUUUGGUGAAGAACAACAAAAAACUAGGGCUAAAUUUCAUUCUCCUUUGCCAAAAUCUGAAACUCCUCAGGUGCUAAACAAUAAAAGGAAGGAAGAUGAUGAUGAUGAGAAAAAGGUAACCACAGAAAAACAAAAAAGUAUCAGUAUGAAGGAACGAAUCUUGUUGUAUGCAGAGCAGCAGAGGGCUGAGGAAGAAAAUGAGUCUCUGAAAAAUUCAGAGGAAGAAGAAUUUGACCCAAAUGAAAGAUAUUUACAUUUGGCUGAGAAGCUUGUGGAAAAGAGAGAACUAGCAAGAUCCUCUAAAGAAGAAAAAAACAAGCAGGGUCAAAAGAUGGCGCAAGAAAAAAUAAGACGUAUUCAACAAGAAAUGGCAACAUUGGAAGACCACCCUGUGUUCAAUCCCAAUAUAAAAGUCAUAGACCAGCCAAGUGAAAAGAAAAAGAAUCCUGUAUUUCUUGAAAAAGGUGGAGCCUUGAAUUUGAACAUGCUUGAGAAAUUACAAAAUCCUCCUCCAGAAGAACAAAAAGUGAAAAAGAAAGAUCCUCAGGUUGUAAGGAAUUUUGAUUAUACAGCUCGAAGCUGGACUGGAAAAUCUCCCAAACAGUUCUUGAUUGACUGGUGCAGAAAGCAUUAUCCCAAGUCCCCAAAUCCUUCUUUUGAAAAAGUUCCAUCAGGAAGAUAUUGGAAAAGUAGGGUAAGAGUUAUCAAGUCAGCUGAAGAUACAUUGGUGGUGUGUCCCACAAUCGUUACAGAAGAUAGUAUGCAGGCUCAACAUCUGGCUGCUACGUUAGCUCUGUAUCAUUUGACAAAAGGGCAGUCGGUGCAUCAGUUACUUCCUCCUACAUACAGAGAUGUUUGGUUAGAAUGGACUGAUACUGAAAAGAAAAAAGAAGACGAAAACAAGAUGGAAACCAACAAGCCUCGUGACCAGUUCAUUGCCAGACUGCUGAACAAGCUGAAGCAGCAGCAGCCGCCACAACAGCAAUUUGAAGGCAAGGCCAAACUUUCAGAAGAUGCAGAAGAUUCUUGGGAGAACUUAAUUUCUGAAGAGGACUUUAAUGGGCUUUCUCUUGAGACCUCAUUUACAGAUGACUUAGAACCUGUGAGAGCUCUCUUUAAAAAACAACAGAAUUCUUCCAGAUACCAAAGACUUCUAAAGGAGAGAGAGCAACUACCUGUGUUUAAAUAUAAACAUACCCUUAUAGAAACAUUAAAAAAGCAUCGAGUUGUGGUUGUGGCUGGGGAAACAGGUAGUGGUAAAAGCACUCAAGUUCCACAUUUCUUGUUAGAAGAUUUGCUACAUAAUGAACGAAAUUUGAAUAAAUGCAAUAUUGUUUGCACCCAACCACGGAGGAUCUCAGCAGUGAGCUUGGCAACUAGAGUUUGUGAAGAACUGGGCUGUGAAAAUGGACCUGGUGGAAGAAAUUCCUUGUGUGGCUAUCAAAUCCGUAUGGAAUCGCGAACAGGAGAGGCCACUAGACUGCUCUACUGUACAACUGGAGUUCUUCUCCGGAAAUUGCAAGAAGAUGUUCUUCUUUCUAAUGUGUCUCAUGUUAUUGUAGAUGAGGUUCACGAAAGAAGUGUUCAAUCAGAUUUCUUGCUAAUUAUCUUGAGGGAAAUCUUGCACAAGCGUUCAGAUCUCCAUCUCAUUUUGAUGAGUGCCACAGUUGAUAGUGAAAAAUUCUCCAGUUAUUUCACUCACUGUCCCAUACUAAGAAUUUCAGGAAGGAGUUACCCUGUAGAGGUUUUUCAUGUUGAAGAUGUAAUAGAGGAAACUGGCUUUGUUCUGGAAAAAGAUUCUGAAUAUUGUCAGAAAUUUUUGGAAGAAGAGGAGGAAAUAACAGUUAAUGUUACUAGCAAAGGAGGAGGAAUAACAAAAUAUCAGGAAAGUGUUCCAGUUCAGGCUGCAUCUGGUAUUGAGCUAGGACCAUAUUACCAAAAAUACAGCAGUCGAACUCGGGAAGCCAUAUACUGUAUGAAUCCCUACAAGAUCAACUUUGACCUCAUACUGGAGUUACUUGCAUUUUUAGACAAAAGUCCCCAAUUCAAAAAUAUGGAAGGAGCCGUCUUGAUCUUUCUGCCAGGCCUUGCACAUAUACAGCAGUUGUAUGAUCUCAUUUUGACUGACAGAAGAUUUGAUCUAAGACAGAGGCACCAGUUAAUAGCAUUGCAUUCUAUUCUGUCUACUAAAGAGCAAGCAUCUGCAUUUACAUUGCCUCCUUUUGGUGUUAGAAAGAUUGUUUUGGCCACCAAUAUAGCUGAAACAGGUAUUACUAUACCUGAUGUUGUUUUUGUAAUUGAUGCUGGAAGAACAAAGGAAAACAGGUACCAUGAAAGUAGUCAGAUGAGCUCAUUGGAAGAGACUUUUGUCAGUAAAGCUAGUGCACUACAACGUCAGGGGCGAGCAGGGCGUGUCAGAGAUGGAUUUUGCUUUCGACUAUAUACCCGAGACAGAUUUGAAAGUUUUCUAGAAUAUUCUGUUCCAGAAAUAUUGCGAGUUCCCUUGGAAGAACUGUGUCUUCACAUCAUGAAAUGCAAUCUUGGUUCUCCUGAAGAAUUCCUCUCCAAGGCAUUAGACCCACCUCAGUCUCAAAUUGUUGCCAAAGCUAUGUAUCUUCUAAGGAAAAUUGGGGCUUGUGAAUUAAGUGAGCCCAAACUGACUCCUCUAGGCCAACAUCUUGCAGCCUUGCCAGUAAAUGUAAAGAUUGGUAAAAUGCUUAUAUUUGGUGCUAUUUUUGGCUGCUUGGAUCCAGUGGCAACUCUUGCAGCUGUAAUGACUGAAAAGUCUCCAUUUACUACCCCAAUUGGAAGAAAAGAUGAAGCAGACCUGGCAAAAUCUUUUUUGGCAUUGGCCAAUUCAGACCAUUUGACAAUUUACAAGGCAUAUCUGGG